CGAAUCGGAUUGACCCGAUCACAGCCAGCCGAAUUUUGGAGAAACCGGACUCGGCUUCGUCGAACAUUAUAAAGAAUUCCAGCGACCCGACCGGAUUAUUCUAGCCGUCGACGAUUCAACUCCGAGCCCAAUGAAGGAGGCCACGCGCCUUACAUGCUAUUUACCCAUAAUCAUUGUAUUGGCAGCAGAUUUAUGUGUGGGCAUCAGAUUCUCCGCCCAGUUAUCGGAGGGUUCAAUUACAGACACAGCCAAUCAACAACAGCUGCAAACAACGGUUUUUGCUCUAGGAAGCUUCUGGAGAUCGGAAGCGGUGUUUGGCUGCUUGGAUGGGGUAGUGCGUACGACUGUCGGCUAUUCCGGUGGAUCCAAAACCAAUCCCGAGUAUCGGAGCUUAGGUGAUCACGCUGAAUCUGUUCAGAUUGAAUAUGAUCCUAAGGUAAUUACUUUUAAACAACUUUUGGAGGUCUUCUGGACCAGCCACGAUUCUAGGCAGGUGUUUGGGCAAGGUCCUGAUGUGGGUAACCAAUACAGAUCCAUCGUUUUCACAAAUGGAACUGAAGAGUCAAGAUUGGCUUCUGUAAGUAAAGAAAGAGAGCAGACAAGGUCAAAGAGUGGCAUUGUAACCACUCAAAUUCAGCAAUUGGGAACAUUCUAUCCUGCAGAGCCUGAUCAUCAGAAAUUUGAGCUGAAACGGAAUCCGUUUCUUCUUCAACUAAUGGGAAACUUGCCUGAAGAAGAGCUGGAAAAAUCAAGUCUGGCAGCCAAAUUAAAUGGCUACGCAGCAGAGCUUUGUCCGCCAAGAUUGCAAAAACGUAUUCAUGCAAAGAUCAAUGACAUCCUAAGAAAAGGUUGGCCCAUCCUCAGAGAAGUUUAGGAAGAAAUAUUUUUUGGUGGUGAACUUAGAGAUCCUGGGAGGCAUAUAUUUUCGGAGGAAAAUUUAUUCAAUUUCGUUCAGCUGGCCGCGACAUUUUUUUUUGUUAAAUUAUACCCCUUAUUCCUUGGAAGAUCUAACGAUUCGUUGAGAGAGUUUGAGCAUUAUGACAAAUUUGAAUUUCAUGACAUUUUUCCUCAACAUUGGAGUGACUGAUUUUUAUUUAUUUAUUUUUUUGUACAAUAUUUUAUCUGCUUUGUAAA